AUGAACUGCGACGAUGACCUUGGGCCUGUUAUCCCUUCUCAGUGUUAUGAGCUCCGAAUGUAUCGGUGGAGGAGGUCCAGAAAUCGUUGGCAAAGGCUGUCAGAAGACUACGAGACAGGCGACGAGCAAACUCCUACGAAUUUCCAGCUGGUGACCUGGAAUGUCAACUUUGAUGCUCCUAUGCCCGACAAAAGGAUGACCAAGGCUCUGCGCUACCUGGAAGAGGAUGUGUUCAAAUGCGAGAAUGGCGAAGCACCCGAUCCUUGUGUGAUCAUGCUCCAAGAGGUCCACGUUAGGGCAGUCGCCGCAAUUCUCUCUGAUUCGUGGGUCCGGGAACAUUUCUUGUUGACGCCCGCCGAUACGAGCAAAUGGCCCACUGACGCGUUAUAUGGCAACAUCACUCUGGUGGAGAAAUCGAUUCAAGUCGAGAAGGCCCACAUUCUGCAGUUUGGGUCGUCAUCAAUGCACAGGACGGGCUUAAUUGUCGAUGUCCGCCUCGAAGCACCAAAACCCCACGAGUACGAUGUCAUAUUGAGGCUGAUCAAUACCCAUCUGGAAUCACUGAGAGUGGGAGACGAUGUCAGGCCUGGGCAGUUGAAGCUGCUCUCGAAAUUCUUAAAGGGUCCUGGUGUGCGUGGGGGGGUUGUUGCAGGCGAUAUGAACCCAAUCGGGCCGUCCGAUGCUGGGCUACCGGCGGCAUACGGAUUGAAGGAUGCUUGGCGCAAAGGCGACAAAGACCCCAAGGGCUUCACGUGGGGAGAACAGCCUCCAGCCCAGUUCCCUGCUGCCAGAUUCGACAAAAUAUUAUAUCUUCCGAGAAAAGGCUAUCGAGUCGAGCCACCCGAAAGACUCGGAGUUGGGCUCAAGCUUUUUGAUGACCGGCUGCCAAACGGAAUUUGGACCAGCGACCAUUAUGGGCUGCUCUCAACGGUAGAAGUGCUGCGGUGA